CGGAGGAGGAAGAUGGCGCCGUGAGGGGGUCGGAGCCGCCGCCGCCGCUCCGGCCGAUCCAGGGACAGCAUGGCUGCCACUGCUGCUGUCAGCCCCAGUGAAUACCUUCAGCCAGCUGCCUCCACUGCCCAGGACUCCCAGCCAUCCCCUCUGGCCCUGCUGGCAGCGACAUGUAGCAAGAUCGGGCCCCCCGCCGUGGAAGCCGCCGUGACGCCUCCUGCCCCUCCGCAGCCCACGCCUCGCAAGCUCGUCCCCAUCAAGCCCGCUCCUCUCCCUCUGGGCUCUGGCAAGAACAGCUUCGGGCUCCUCUCCUCCAAAGGGAACCUCUUCCAGAUCCAGGGCUCUCAGGUUGGCACCUCCUACCCGGGGGGGCAGCUGGUCUUCGCCAUCCAGAACCCGGCCGUCAUCAACAAGGGCGCGCGGUCGGCCGCCAACAUCCAGUACCAGGCGGUGCCCCAGCUGCAGGCCGCGGGGGGGCAGACCCUCCAGGUCCAGCCCAACCUCACCAACCAGAUCCAAAUUAUCCCUGGCACCAACCAAGCCAUCCUCGCUCCUUCCUCUUCCUCGCACAAGCCCGUGCCCAUCAAGCCGGCCCCGGCGCAGAAGGGCGGCGCGGCCCCGGCGCAGGGCGGCGCGGUCAAGCUGGCCGGCGGCGGCGGCGGCGUGACCCUCGCCCUCCCCGGCGGCGGCCUGGGGAGCAGCCCCGAGCAGGGCAGCCAGGCUCAGGCCAUGGCCGAGAGUCCCUCCAAGCCCGGCAAGAAGCCUCGGAAGAAGGCCGCGUCCCCCGCCCAGGCGCUGGCCGUGGCCGAGCAGGUGGAGACGGUGCUGAUAGAGACCACGGCGGAGAACAUCAUCCAGGCGGGCAGCAACCUGCUGAUCGUGCAGGGCCCGGGCGCCGGGCAGCCGGCCCUGCUGCAGCAGCUGCAGGUGCUGCAGCCCAAGCAGGAGCCGCAGGUGGUGCAGAUCCCGCCGCAGGCCCUGCGCGUGGUGCAGGCUGCCUCCGCCACCCUCCCCACCGUCCCCCAGAAGUCCUCCCAGAACUUCCAGAUCCAGGCCACGGAACCUGUCCCGACCCAGAUCUACUUCAAAUCCCCCUCGGGCGAGCUGCAGACAGUGGUGCUCCAGGACCCUUCAGGCAUUCCCUUAACUCCCUCUGGGACCUCCUGCAGCAGCCCAGUGCCUCGCAGCAGCAGCAGCAGCAGCAGCAGCAGCUCUGCCCCCGCAGCAGCCGCGCGCAAGGAGCGCCCCCUGCCCAAGAUCGCCCCGGCCGGGGGCAUCAUCAGCCUGAACGCUGCCCAGCUGGCAGCCGCUGCCCAGGCCAUGCAGACCAUCAACAUCAACGGGGUGCAGGUCCAGGGGGUCCCUGUCACCAUCACCAACACCGGAGGCCAGCAGCAGCUGACGGUGCAGAACGUGUCUGGCAACAACCUGACCAUCAGCGGCCUGAGCCCGACCCAGAUCCAGCUGCAGAUGGAGCAGGCGCUGGCCGGAGAGGUUCAGCCGGGGGAGAAGAGGAGGCGCAUGGCCUGCACCUGCCCCAACUGCAAGGAUGGGGAGAAGAGGCCUGGCGACCCAGGGAAGAAGAAGCACAUCUGCCACAUCCCCGAGUGCGGCAGAACCUUCCGGAAGACCUCCCUGCUGCGGGCCCACGUCAGGCUGCACACCGGCGAGCGACCCUUCGUCUGCAACUGGGUGUUCUGCGGCAAGCGCUUCACGCGCAGCGACGAGCUGCAGCGGCACGCCCGCACCCACACAGGCGACAAGCGGUUCGAGUGCGCCCAGUGCCAGAAGCGCUUCAUGCGCAGCGACCACCUCACCAAGCACUACAAAACUCACCUGGUCACCAAGAACUUGUAGGGCCAGGAGCUGCCCCACACCUCUGUGGACACAUGAGAAAAGAAACCCCACCGACCUCCUCCUCCCCCCCAGCCCUGCGGGGCCACCAAGCCCACCCCCCCUGCAGCGCUCCCGGCGUCCCUGGCUAAGGAGAGGAAGCCCUCUGAGCUGGGCUGGGGGGAACAGCUUCCUGCCCUUUCCUUCUGCUGCCACUUGGGUAGCCCCCAAGGAAGGAGAAGCCUCUUUAGGGAGGGUGUAAGGGUUUGAUCCUGAAGGUCCUUGCAGCGUGGGUGCAAGGGUUUGAUCCUGAAGGUCCUUGCAGCGUGGGUG